CGGCAACAAGUCGUACCGAGUUCCCUUACAGACAAUAGUCUCCCUUGGAUUAGUCCGUUGUCUGUGGUUACAGGUACUGGAUAUGUCAUGGCGGCGUACUGCCGUGGUCAUCAAGACACACACCAGCAAAAGGACAGCUGUCGCGUUUCAAUGUGGCUUUAACUAGAGGAUUACAUCCCUAACCGGCGGACUGCGCGACCUGGGCUGGCCAGAUGGCCAUGAAUUAAAACACAUGUUGGCAGGUACGGUGAUGUUUGGCAUCGACACUAGAAGAAUUCUUAAUUUUAACUAUUAACUAGGCCUUUCUUGAACUUUUUCAUUCAGCAUAAAGUUAUGGUUCAACUGUUUUUCAUAAUUGAAAACAAAAACGUGUACGUAGUAACUUAACAAGUUGAUCUACACAAGAUUCAAUGGCUUUAAAUGACUUUACACAAGAUUCAAUGACUUUAAACAAGAUUCAAUGACUUUACACAAGAUUCAAUGACUUUACACAAGAUUCAAUGACUUUACACAAGAUUCAAUGACUUUACACAAGAUUCAAUGACUUUAAACAAGAUUCAAUGACUUUAAACAAGAUUCAAUGACUUUACACAAGAUUCAAUGACUUUACACAAGAUUCAAUGACUUUACACAAGAUUUAAUGACUUUAAACAAGAUUUAAUGACUUUACACAAGAUUAAAUGACUUUAAACAAGAUUCAAUGACUUUACACAAGAUUCAGUGACUUUACACAAGAUUCAAUGACUUUACACAAGAUUAAAUGACUUUAAACAAGAUUCAAUGACUUUACACAAGAUUCAAUGACUUUACACAAGAUUCAGUGACUUUACACAAGAUUCAAUGACUUUAAACAAGAUUCAAUGACUUUACACAAGAUUCAAUGACUUCACACAAGAUUCAAUGACUUUACACAAGAUUCAAUGACUUUAAACAAGAUUCAAUGACUUUACACAAGAUUCAAUGACUUUAAACAAGAUUCAAUGACUUUACACAAGAUUCAAUGACUUUACACAAGAUUCAAUGACUUUACACAAGAUUCAAUGACUUUACACAAGAUUCAAUGACUUUAAACAAGAUUCAAUGACUUUACACAAGAUUCAAUGACUUUACACAAGAUUCAAUGACUUUACACAAGAUUCAAUGACUUUACACAAGAUUCAAUGACUUUACUGUUCUAAGUUACUGAAAUGUGUUCUAAGUUACUGAAAUCACAAGAUUCAAUGACUUUACACAAGAUUCAAUGACUUUACACAAGAUUCAAUGACUUUAAACAAGAUUCAAUGACUUUACACAAGAUUCAAUGACUUUAAACAAGAUUCAAUGACUUUAAACAAGAUUUAAUGACUUUGCACAAGAUUCAAUGACUUUAAACAAGAUUUAAUGACUUUGCACAAGAUUCAAUGACAAUGACUUUACACACGAUUUAAUGACUUUACACAAGAUUCAGUACCACGGUGGCUUUAUACAAGAUUCAGUAACACCCUAACCACGGUGGCUUUAUACAAGAUUCAGUAACACCCUAACCACAGUGGCUUUAUACAAGAUUCAGUAACACACUAACCACGGUGGCUUUAUACAAGAUUCAGUAACACCCUAACCACGGUGGCUUUAUACAAGAUUCAGUAACACACUAACCACGGUGGCUUUAUACAAGAUUCAGUAACACACUAACCACGGUGGCUUUAUACAAGAUUCAGUAACACCCUAACCACGGUGGCUUUAUACAAGAUUCAGUAACACUCUAACCACGGUGGCUUUAUACAAGAUUCAGUAACACACUAACCACGGUGGCUUUAUACAAGAUUCAGUAACACUCUAACCACGGUGGCUUUAUACAAGAUGCAGUAACACUCUAACCACGGUGGCUUUAUACAAGAUUCAGUAACACACUAACCACGGUGGCUUUAUACAAGAUUCAGUAACACUCUAACCACGGUGGCUUUAUACAAGAUUCAGUAACACACUAACCACGGUGGCUUUAUACAAGAUUCAGUAACACACUAACCACGGUGGCUUUAUACAAGAUUCAGUAACACACUAAUCACAGUGACUUUCCACAUACAGUACAGACAUGUUGGGUUUUUUUUAGCUUUUUUUUUAUAUCUACUACCGUAUUGUUAAGAUAAUAUGGGGGCAAUGUCGAGCAUCGGACUAGCAAUACACGUGACAACUGUCAUAAAUAAUACUCAACAUCUUAUUCCGUGACAACUGUCAAAAAUAAAACCCAACUUCUUAUUCCGUGACAACUGCCCCAAAACAGCAAAUUAACCUAUGACAACUGUCAUUUAAGAUAGUUUUUGUUGAGUCCACUGACAACUUGGAUGUAACAUAUGGUACACACAACUUUGAUGUGACGUUUGGAACACUGACAACUUGGAUGUAACAUCUGGUACACACAACUUUGAUGUGACGUUUGGAACACUGACAACUUGGAUGUAACAUCUGGUACACACAACUUUGAUGUGACGUUUGGAACACUGACAACUUGGAUGUAACAUCUGGUACACACAACAUUGAUGUGACGUUUGGAACACUGACAACUUGGAUGUAACAUCUGGUACACACAACUUUGAUGUGACUUGUGGAACACUGACAACUUGGAUGUAACACAGAGUUUGAAAUCAAAUAGCGUCAAAAAGUCUUUGAUUUUCGCUCAUAAAUUCAAUUAUUUUGUUUACAAAUAUUAUUUUAAAAGCUGUCCACAUUUUCGAUUAACCACAGCACCCAGGCAACGACUGGUUUUUAUCGAAGACUUCGAUUGGAUCAGACAUUGUUUUCCUGCUCGAUUAGUUAAAAGCACGGUGAAAUAAGCUGGUUAUCGGCGCCAGACAAUCAAUUGAUCGCUAACAUUGAUUAAAUGGAUCAAAUUAUCAAAGGAUAAACAAAAAUUAUUGUAAAAUGAAGAAGAAGCCUUGAACUCACGCGAAUUGAACGAUGGGCGACUGAUGUUGGCAACCUUCAAUGAAUGAUAUCAGAUUGUGGCAACCUUCAGUGAAUGAUAUCAGAUCUUGGCAAUUUCAGUGAAUGAUAUCAGAUCUUUCCAACCUUCAAUAAAUGAUAUCAUAUCUUUCCAUCUUUCAAUGAAUGAUAUCAUAUCUUGGCAACCUUCAUUGGAUGAUAUCAGAUCUUGGCAACCUUCAAUGAAUGACAUCAGAUCUUAGCAACCUUCAAUGAAUGAUAUCAUAUCUUGGCAAUUUCAGUGCAUGAUAUCAGAUAUUGGCAACCUUCAAUGAAUAAUAUCAGAUCUUGGCAAAUUCAAUGAAUGAUAUCAGAUCUUGGCAGCUUUCAUUGAAUCAGAUUUUGACAACUGUCAUUUAAUCAGAUCUUGGCAUAUUUCACUGAAUAACAUUAGAUCUGGUCAACUUUCAUUGAGUGACAUUAGAUCUGGUCAACUUUCAUUGAGUGACGUUAUAUCUGGUCAACUUUCAUUGAGUGACAUUAGAUCUGGUCAACUUUCAUUGAGUGACAUUAGAUCUGGUCAACUUUCAUUGAGUGACAUUAGAUCUGGUCAACUUUCAUUGAGUGACAUUAGAUCUGGUCACCUUUCAUUGAGUGACAUUAUAUCUGGUCAACUUUCAUUGAGUGAAGUUAUAUCUGGUCAACUUUCAUUGAGUGACAUUAGAUCUAGUCACCUUUCAUUGAGUGACAUUAGAUCUGGUCACCUUUCAUUGAGUGACAUUAUAUCUGGUCAACGUUCAUUGAGUGACGUUAUAUCUGGUCACUUUCAUUGAGUGACAUUAGAUUUGGUCAACUUUCAUUGAGUGACAUUAGAUCUGGUCAACUUUCAUUGAGACAUUAGAUCUGGUCAACUUUCAUUGAGUGACAUUAGAUCUGGUCAACUUUCAUUGAGACUUUAGAUCUGGUCAACUUUCAUUGAGUGACAUUAUAUCUGGUCAACUUUCAUUGAGUGACAUUAGAUUUGGUCAACUUUCAUUGAGUGACAUUAGAUCUGGUCAACUUUCAUUGAGACAUUAGAUCUGGUCAACUUUCAUUGAGUGACAUUAGAUCUGGUCAACUUUCAUUGAGACUUUAGAUCUGGUCAACUUUCAUUGAGUGACAUUAGAUCUGGUCAACUUUCAUUGAGUGACAUUAGAUCUGGUCAACUUUCAUUGAGUGACAUUAGAUCUGGUCACCUUUCAUUGAGUGACAUUAGAUCUGGUCAACUUUCAUUGAGUGACAUUAGACCUGGUCAACUUAUGUGUUAAGAUUGUAAUGAUAUCAGGGAUUGAUCAGAUAGAAGCAUCCCUUUCCCCUUGUACGCCCGCAGUUUCUCGGGAAAACAUGAACAUUUUUCAUGUUAAUUAAUUCAUUUAAAUAAAUUAAAUAAAUACAUGCACUGUGUGCCUCAUUUCCUGUCUCGGGUUGAUCCUGUAGUAUGGGCCAAAACGUGCCAAAGUGUCCUCGUUUUAUAGCCAUUUUAAUUGUUUCUAAAGUAUAGUAGUAACUAUCCUAGUGUCUCAUUUUUAUUUUACUUAGUUUACAUGUUUUUAACAAUUGUAAAGCGCUUAGAGCUUUAAGGUAAGCGCUAUAUAAAAAUGCCUAAAUAAAUAAAUAAAUAAAAACGUAGAAAAGAUUAAUAUUGUCUGUUUUAAAUUACAACAGCUACACCCACGACAGCCACACCCACAACAGCACCACAGCCACGUCUAUCACAGCUAUGCCCACCACAGCUACGCCCACCAUAGUUACGCCCACCACAGCUACGCCCACCACAGCUAUGCCCACCACAGCUACCGCAACCACAUCUACCACAGCGACACUCACAUCUACACUCACCACAGCUACACUCACGACAUCUACUCCAACUACAGGUACACCCACCAUAUCUACACCCACCACCGCUACAUCCACCACCACUACAUCCACCACAGCUACACUCACCACCGCUACACUCACGACAGCUACAUCCCCCCGCUACACUUACGACAGCUACAUUCAAGACAGCUACCCCCCACCCGUUACACUCACGACAGCUCCACCCCCCCCCACACUCACGACACCUAGACCCACCACACCACCGCUACACCCACGACCGCUACACCCACGACAGCUACACCCCCCGCUACACUCCCCACCGCUACACCCACCACCGCUACACUCACGACAUCUACACUCACGACAGCUACACUCACGACAGCUACACUCACGACAGCUACACUCACGACAGCUACACCCCCUGCUACACUCCCGACAGCUAGACCCACCACCGCUACACUCACCACAGCUACACUCACGACAGCUACACCCACCACCGCUAUACUCACGACAGCUACACUCACCACAGCUACACUCACGACAGCUACACUCACCACAGCUACACUCACGACAGCUACACUCACCACAGCUACACCCACCACCGCUACAUUCACGACAGCUACACUCACCACAGCUACACUUACCAAAGCCCAUUACCCAAAAAAUAUUAUCUACAUAAAGAUGGUGAUUUAAAAAAAAAUUUUUUGCCUCAAUGAACCUCACGCACAAGGUCAUUCAUUUUGUCGGUAUUUAACUGAAAACACCUCCCAUCGGUGGACUUAGACCAUUGACACAGUGGUGGUAAUGAAGCAGUUGGCUGGGAAAAGCAGUCCCAUGCUCUCUCACCGUGAAACAUUUUAAAAUACAAUAACAUUUUCUAACAGUUCCCCGUGGAAGCUAAUGAACGGAGCAGUCAAUCGCCACCGACCGCCCCACCUAUUAGCGCGGACACUUCAGGCACGCAUUGUGUGGCGGCACAAUGAAAAGUUUUCGAUCAGCGUGGCUAUAAUGAAAACCCACAGAGGCGGCACGUGGGACCCGGGCUGGGGGUGAUGAGGGUGGAUUGAUUCGGCCUAGAGUCGACCCGUUUAAUGAUUGGAUUGGUCUGGCAAAACAGCGUAUGGUCAAUGGACGUCAUGUAGACAAGGAACCCAACGCUUUCAGAUGGCACAACGGUGUAGACGUUACAAACUGUGGAGUUCUGGGAAUUUAAAACAAAAAAUAUAUCUCUCUGUUUUGAGAUCGACAUAAAUCUGGAGGGUUGUCUCUGUGUCUAGAGAUGGUCAGAUAUAUCCAGGUCUGUGUCUAGAGAUGUCCAGAUAUAUCUAGGUCUGUGUCUAGAGAUUCCAGAUAUAUCCAGGUCUGUGUCUAGAGAUGUCCAGAUAUAUCCAGGUCUGUGUCUAGAGAUGUCCAGAUAUAUCCAGGUCUGUGUCUAGAGAUUCCAGAUGUAUCCAGGUAUGUGUCUAGAGAUGUCCAGGUAUAUCCAGGGCUGUGUCUAGAAAUGUCCAGAUGUAUCCUAGUCUGUGUCUAGAGAUGUCCAGAUAUAUCCAGGGCUGUGUCUAGAAAUGUCCAGAUGUAUCCAAGUCUUUGUCUAGAGAUGUCCAGAUAUAUCCAGGUCUGUAUCUAGAUAUGUCCAGAUGUCUCCAGGUCUGUGUCUAGAGAUGUCCAGAUAUAUCCAGGUCUGUGUCUAGAAAUGCCCAGAUAUAUCCAAGGUUGUGUUUCUUUGUCUAGAGAUGUCCAGAUAUUACAUCUCAAGAGUUCUAUUUCUUUGUCUAGAUAUUACAGAUAUAUCCAGUGUUGUAUAUCUGCCAAGAGACCGAUAUCUCUGACAAGGGUGCACAAGCAUCAGAGCAGGAUAAUCUAGAGCUGAAUGGUGUGUCAUCAAACAGUUGUGACAUAAUCUGACAAAACCGCUGCCUGAUAAAAAUGACAUAUAAUACAGUCUUAAUCUAGGUACGAGUACCCGUGUGUUGUCCAGCUAAAGUCAUCUACGUAUGUACACUUGGUGAGUCAUACAAUAGACAGUACACACACAAUAAAAUGAAGCAAAAUGCCAAAAGUCUACGUCAACUAACAAAGAACAAAUUGAUCACAAUCUACCAACUGCCGUGUCAACAACGGGUAACAGGCGGCAGCAAGUCAGACAACAAUUCUUAUCCGGAGACUAGGAUUACUGCUUCCGAUUCAGCUACUAACACCAGUUUCCGGCACAUUUGGUGUGCUGGCAUCCCUAGGGUUUGUCAUGAGUUCAACACAAAGCCAUGCUGGCCUCCCAAGGGUUUGUCAUGAGUUUAAAGCAACGCCUGAACAGAUUAACUUUAAAUUCAGCAAUUUUAUAUACGGUUCGAUUACCUUUAAUGAUUGAUUGCAUUCAAACGGUUAUAAUUCGAUUAUGUUGCAAGAACAUAAUGGUAUCGAUAUUGACAGAAACAUCGAGACGUCGCUCAGCGAUUACACAAGGACUUGUACAAAUCUUCACACUGUUUUAAAAACAACAGAACAACCAUUGCGUGCAAAUCUUCUCACCAGUGUCACCUAGCUGGUCACCGAAGGACCUCUUAGCCACAGAAUCUAUCUUUGACUUGUGAAACGGCACAGGUGGGUUUGAGUUUCUAUAACCUGGCACGGCCCUGUGGCGGUCGCCUCUGACGUCAAGAGUUUCUGGGCUGUUUACGCUCCUGAGUUCCACCAUAUCAAUCAUCCAACAGUACGCUACUGCUUGGGUCAAAUUGCCACUUAGACCGUGACGCCUUUUCAAAGCAGUUCCGCUAGCUUUCCUUGAAGUUGAAGCCGGGCGAAAGUUGAAAAAACGCGAGGCAGGCCUUCCGGCAGGCCUGGACGAGCUCAGUGUUACGUUUCAACAGACGGGCUUGUGUCGGCACUUCGUACCUUUUGGUUGUUUCAUAUCCAAGUCCGCUAACCCCUCGCCUGUCUUCAUCGUAACUGCUCACCGUCUUCGUCGUUCAGAGGCGUUCGUCAAACUUUUCUUCAACAUUCAAUCGAUUUGUGAGCACCAUUGUUUAGCUGACGCGUGUGGGUCGGCGUGUGGGUCGCUUACUUGAUCAUUAUCUACGACUGGACUCUUUUGUUUUCUUUUUCUUCCAAUGUUGGCAUCAUAGUAUUGGCUAGGCAUUUAAUUUUAUAUGACAUGCGCUGUGUGCUGUGACAUACGCUGUGUGCUGUGACAUGCGCUGUGUGCUGUGACAAACGCUGUGUGCUGUGACAUGCGCUGUGUGCUGUGACAUACGCUGUGUGCUGUGACAUGCGCUGUGUGCUGUGACAUACGCUGUGUGCUGUGACAUGCGCUGUGUGCUGUGACAUGCGCUGUGUGCUGUGACAUACGCUGUGUGCUGUGACAUGCGCUGUGUGCUGUGACAUGCGCACACACGACACUGUAACGCUGUGUGCUGUGACAUGCGCUGUGUGCUGUGACAUACGCUGUGUGCUGUGACAUGCGCUGUGUGCUGCGACAUACGCUGUGUGCUGUGACAUACGCUGUGUGCUGUGACAUGCGCUGUGUGCUGUGACAUGCGCUGUGUGCUGUGACAUGCGCUGUGUGCUGUGACAUGCGCUGUGUGCUGUGACAUGCGCUGUGUGCCCAGUUCCGCCAAGUCUAAACCGGAUAUGACGUCGUCUCGAAGUGUCACAGUAAGUAAAGACUCCAAAGUAUCAUCGCCCCUAUGUCUGAAGUGUCCAUAAAACCGCCAUUAGAUACAACGGCCACGUUUAAAUUUCUUUAGAGCAUCAGUAGCAUAAUAUAGCAUGGUGGCGGCGUUUAUGAUCUUAGAACUACCGGUGCCAAGAACGUGGUUUUUACGGGGAGCGUCCACCAGGGAAGAUCAUUUUUUUGAAUGUUUCAACAGCUUCCCCCUUGUCUGUCUCAUGAUACAGAGUUUGAGAUAUGAUAAACGAAAUCUUCGCUACCGCCAGAGGGGUGGGGGGGGGGGGGGGGUAUUGGUAGAAGCUUUUCGUUCAGACCCGAGUUCGACUCUCAGUCGAGGCAAUGUUUUUUUUAAAAAUCCGUAUCAACAAACAAGCGCAAUUUUGGGUGAGAGGUUAACUGCAUCACGACUGCUGAUAAGGAAGGGAAGUCAUUCACGUUCAAUUUUGGCGCAGGUGCACUGAAUUGAGAAAUCGUAGACUUUUAAAUUAUAACAUGACACAAAAAAUAUGUAACUAAUAUAUUUAAAUCAUAGAAUUGUUACUGUUAAUAUUACCUUAAUAUCAGCGUCUUUCUAUGAUUAAAUAAAUCUUGUAAACAAAACAAAGAAAAACGGAGGCUACACCAAUCCUUUGUAAAAGUGUAACAAUUUUUAUACAGUGUAACAAUUGAUAUAAAGUGUAAGUAUAAUAGAUACAUUUAAUAGUUUGGAGAAUCUUUUCUUAGAAUCAAUGGUGAAUGGUCAUAAACUCGUUUACUAGCCUAGUUGUGAGUACAGCGUCCUUAAAAGUUAUUCAAUAAAACUGACAUGCGACUAGCCAUUGACCAUGACCCACAUAUCUACUCAUAGUGAGGCUGUGUUUACUUCCAGUUUGAUCUCACCGUAAACGAUACCGCCAUGUCCAAGAACUCACCCCGGAGAGGGUCAUCCAUAUCCUUAACCAAAUCUGUCUCGAGGGAUGCAUCUCCAACGAAAUCUCCCACCAGGGAGGUCUCCCCAUCCAAAUCAACGAAAUCUCCAGCAAUGGAGGUAUCCAAAUCAACGAAAUCUCCCACCAGGGAGGUCUCCCCAUCCAAAUCAACGAAAUCUCCAGCAAGGGAGGUAUCCAAAUCAACGAAAUCUCCCACCAGGGAGGUCUCCCCAAGCAAAUCAACGAAAUCCUCCGCCCAGCUGUCCCCGACAGCCCCGAGAAAGGCCACUGCUAAGGCCACGCCGUCCCCAGAGAGAGUCAAGACAGGCAGCACCAUGAAGUCAGCACGGAGACAGUCCUUAUCACCACCCAAGUCGACCGUCUCCAGCAGGAAACGCUCUCCUAUUGCGAGCGUGCCGCCCUCUGGCGGGAGCAGAGAUCUCAGUGCUAAAGGUAAGAAGGUCAAGGUAAGAAGGUUCAUGUAAUAGCAGCCGUCUCUAGGUGACUAUGUGGUACACACCAUUUUUUGUGGGUUUUUUUUUUGUUAUUUGAACAUUUCGACAUAUUGGUCUGCUCAUGUUAUUGUUCUUAGUCAAGGUUUUGUUCUAUCCUCAGAGGACAAACAGAAAAGGCCAGUCACCGCUGAGCCGUCAAAUGUCACAGAGUCUGGACUCAAGAUCGUGGACUGGUCUGGCCAGGGAUUGACCAGCCUGCCUUCCAAUCUUAUCCACAGUGAGUAGAGAUUAUGUGGUCUCUUGCUUCACACUGAUCUAUGAAAAAUAUAAUAUAUCAAUAACCUGAAGGUCUCAUGUGCCUUAGCCGUAUACGAUAAAAAAUAUAAUUGAAAUCAAAGUUUUAGUUUGAAGAAAAAACUAGGACAAAAGAACUAGAAUAGAAUGUAAGAAAUAGUUUAGUCUGAGUACAGCACAGGACAUCACCCUGGUAUCUGCACCUUGUAUUUUAUCUCCCAAAGAUACAAGUCAUCGAAUUCUUUCAUCAGUAUAUAUUUCCAUGACAUUUGCCUUCCACACAAACAGCCAAAGAUGUCGGCCACCUGAUUGUGUCCUCCAACAAUAUGCGCGCUCUGCCUCCCGAGAUCAAACUGAUGAACACCCUUGAGAAGCUGGACCUCUCAAGGAAUGGCAUUCGCUGCACCAGUAGCACAGACUUCAGCGGUCUACCCCAGGAGAUGGCCCAGUUGACCAAUCUGACUGAGCUGUGCCUUUCAGAAUGCAACUUGGCAUUCGUGCCACCAGCAGUGUUUAAGAUAACUUGUUUGAAAGUGUUGAAUCUCAGCAGAAAUAAGGUCAGCACUGUAGAGUAUCAUCAGAUGGGUAGUAGCAGCAUGUGCACUGUAGAGUAUCAUCAGAUGGGUAGUAUCAUCAGAUGGGUAGUAGCAGCAUGUGCACUGUAGAGUAUCAUCAGAUGGGUAGUAGCAGCAUGUGCACUGUAGAGUAUCAUCAGAUGGGUAGUAGCAGCAUGUGCACUGUAGAGUAUCAUCAGAUGGGUAGUAGCAGCAUGUGCACUGUAGAGUAACAUCAUAUGGGUAGUAGCAGCAUGUGCACUGUAGAGUAUCAUCACAUGGGUAGUGGCAGCAUGUGCAGUGUAGAGUAACACCAUAUUGAUCAACAUUGUAAUUACUCAAGUAACCUAACGAUGAGUUCAAUCAACUUAUACUGAACUUGUGUCAUACUCUUCUCCUCUAGGUGAACAUUCUACUACCAGAUAUAGGGCAACUGACCAAUCUGGUCCUGUUGAAUGUCCAGCAGACUAACAUCACGUCACUUCCCCCAGAGAUAGCGUAUUGCCAGGAACUUGAGGAGCUCUACCUGUGGGGCAAUUCUAUUGAGACACUACCUGAGACCUUAUCAGAGAUGCCCAAACUAAGAGUCCUGGCACUUAACUACAGGUAAGACAAAGUGUACCUGAAACCUUGUCAGAGAUGCCCAGAGUGAGAGUCCUGACACUCAAUCACAGAUAAGAAACAAUGAACACUGGCAAUGAUAAUCCUGUCAUUUAUAACAAAACUAAACUUGGUGUAAAUUUAAUGAAACAUGUACACUUUGGUUGUCAAUGAAUGUGUACCCUAUGGUUGUCAAGGAAUGUGUACACUUUGGUUGUCAAUGAAUGUGUACACUUUGGUUGUCAAUGAAUGUGUACACUUUGGUUGUCAAGGAAUGUGUACACUUUGGUUGUCAAUGAAUGUGUACACUUUGGUUGUCAAGGAAUGUGUACACUUUGGUUGUCAAUGAAUGUGUACACUUUGGUUGUCAAGGAAUGUGUACACUAUGGUUGUCAAUGAAUGUGUACACUUUGGUUGUCAAUGACUGUGUACACUUUGGUUGUCAAGGAAUGUGCACACUAUGGUUGUCAAGGAAUGUGCACACUUUGGUUGUCAAGGAAUGUGUACACUUUGGUUGUCAAGGAAAGUGUACACUUUCGUUGUCAAGGAAUGUGUACACUAUGGUUGUCAAGGAAUGUGUACACUAUGGUUGUCAAGGAAUGUGUACACUAUGGUUGUCAAGGAAUGUGUACACUAUGGUUGUCAAGGAAAGUGUACACUUUAGUUGUCAGACUGUUUUCAUGACAUUAGUAGACAGGGUGGAUGUGUAUUUUAAUAAAUAAAUAAUUUAUAAAUACAUAAUAUGAGAACAAAUCAAAAUUUUUGUUACUAAAAAAUGUUCAAAGUUUCUUUUUUAAAACUGAAUGAUUUUGACCCUUUUUUUGUUCAAAGGUGAUUUAUUUCUUAAAAUAAUUUUAAUUUUUUUUUUUAGAUUUUGCGUGUAAAGAACAUAAAUUCUAACGGAAAGAAUAAACUGAAUGCUUUCAAUCCUAGGAGUUUCUGUGGCGUAGUUGACCCUUACAUGGAGAACUUACUGAAGAAAGGCCAGAUCAAAUCUGAGCACAUCCCAGCAGUAGUGUUUGAACUGCCCGCCUUGCAGGUGCUGGAUCUGGAGAACACAAAGCUCAACACUCUACCACAAGUUUCUAACGUACAGUUGCAAGAACUUUACUUGGGUCAAAACUUUCUGCAGGUAACUCAAUCAUUAUCGAUGUCCGUAACUAUUUUCAGAGAUACUUAUAAAUAUGGACUCCCUUUCUUUGGUUUUUUUUUGGGGUGGUGGGGGGGAUAAAAGAUCUGAAAUCAGAUUAUCUGACUUAACAAUGUUGACCUCAUCAGAUUUAGACCAGUCAUUGUGCACUACAAACUAUUUAAAGUAAAAGGAUGUAUUGAAGAAGUGAUACCUUGAACAAAAAGUUUCUGCUAAUCAUACAUGUUGAUAUUGUUUUGUCCAAGAUUGAGAAUCUUACUAUUGUUGGAGAGACUUUACCAUCACCUAGACAGCUCUAAAAUAUAUGCCAGAGUGCUUUUCUCAGACUUCUCAUCAGCAUUUAACACUAUCCAACCACACCUUAUUUUAAAGAAACUUUCCUCGUUAGGUGUUAAUUUAAAUAUUCAAGCUUGGAUACCGAACUUUUUAACAAAUGGCCCACAAUAUGUCAAGGUAAAUGACCAAUAUCUCUAACAAGAGAAAUAAGCACCGGGCACCACAAGGCUGCGUUCUCUCUCCUGUACUGUACACCAUAUAUACCAAUGAUAUUCAAAGCUCAAGUGAAACCGUUCCAAUCUUAAAAUUUGCUGAUGAUACCAGCAUCGUUGGCUUAAUAUCUGAGGGAGAAGGCUUAUACCCCAACUUAGUUACAAGCUUUACCAAUUGGUGCAAUGAUAAUUUUCUGCAGCUGAAUGUCUCAAAAACAAAGGAAAUGGUUGUUGAUUUCAGGAGGGGGAAACACCUGAUUACAGAUCUCAACAUAAAAAAUCAAAGUGUAGAGAAAGUGGAGGCAUAGAAGUACUUAGGUGUCACCAUUAAUAAUAAGCUGACAUGGCAUGAGGAUGGCCAAAUGCUGUAUAAGAAAUUCAACCAGACUGUUCUACCUUAAAAUAUUGUACAAUUUCAGCAUAGACAAACUAGUCGUGAACUUAUAUUCUACAGCGCACCAAUUUAAUUUACAGUGCCUACUUAAUUUCAAUAUUACCUGCUGCUGAGGGAAUUCAUGGUCUGAUAUUAAACACCAAAUAAACAGACUGAUCAAGAAAGCUAGGAACAUAACACAAACUAAACAUCCUUAACUUGAAGAACGAUUUGAAUAAAGAUGUUUUUUGUAAAACUGAACACAUUUUGGAUGAUACACCCCACCCUCUUCAUCACUGAUACUUAGGAUCGGCACGUUCGGGACAAAUUCUUUCCAUCAGAGCGAGGACUGAAAGAUAUAAAAAUUAUUUGUUCCCCAAUCUGUAUGAAUUACUAGCAGGCUCCCCCUGAAGUCACAAAUCUUUAUGAGAACUAUCAAGUCACUGAUAUGGCUAAGAGAAUUCACUGAAUGGCUGUUUUUUUUUCACUUGUGAAAUAAUUUAAUGUAGAUGUCUUGCGUUCAAAUUGUUUUAUUUAUGUGCUGAAAAGAUACAAUCCAAUCAAAAAACAUUUCCAUUUGUUUGGAUCAAUAAAAGAAUCUUAUCUUAUCUUAAUUUGAAAGCAUAAAAAGCUUUACUUCAAAGCUUUCAUACUUGUACGAUAAACAUGUAUUCUUUUUCUUCAGUGACAAAAAUUGCCAAUCAUCAACGAAUGAAAAAGCGUGAAGACUGUAAAAUGUUUCCAAUCAUGUCAAACCAAAAAACUCAUUGACACAGCUGUAUGCAAUUGCUAAUAGAAAUGAUAGUACAGAUAAAACAUUGACAUGAAUUUUUUCCAAAUGUGAUCCCUUCAUGUGUUUAACACAGUGACUCAACCAGAUUAAAUUAUCAUGUUGUAAUACAACUUUCCUUUCAAGGCCAUACCACCAAGUAUUUACAACCUAAAGUUACUUGGGAUACUGGACAUGUCCAACAACCUGCUGACCGAACUUCCCAGUGAAAUAGGUCAACUGACGGGACUGAGGGUGCUGAGGCUGGCCCAUAACAGCAUCGACCAGAUACCACCAAACAUCGGCCGUCUUCAUCAGCUGGAGGAGCUGGACUUGGCACGGAACAGGAUCAAAAAACUGCCACCAGAAAUGAAAGGUCAGUCCGUUGGGACCCCAGGGCAAUGUUGUCACGUCACACCGGUGACAUCUCUGACUGACCACAGGGUGUCCAAAUUGUGUUUUUUCUUUCACCGGGUUAAAUAGUUGUUCUUGAUCCGAUUUAUUUGGUCAAACUAAUAAGUUGCCACACCAAACAACUAUCAAUCUGAUCCAUUUGGCCUUGAUGGGCCGGUUCAUGCUCACAAUCUGUAUCUGGGCUGUUUCAAUGAAUGGUUGUAUCACAGCAAGGAGUGUAACUUUAACUUGUGGGUGGACAAGUCAUUUUUCUUAGACUAUAUAUCAAUAAGUCUAAUCCACUUCAGAGUAUGUUAUCUUGCAAUAAUCCGGCUUCCAUCCAAGUCUUGUUUUACCUUUCAUUUUUAAAAGGUAUUACAGACAAAUCUGCCAAUAAGUUUUUGUGAACAACAUGAUCAAUUCUUUUCGAUUGGCUGAAAUCCUUUAAGGUAACGGGUAAACCAAAUAUCUUAUACAGCUCUAAUUUCUGCCAAAAUAUUCCACUGAAAGUGUACUGCCCUGUGUGUGAUUGGUGUCACUUCUGUUCUAAAAAUAUCCACUCUUUUUCACAGAUCUCAAAGUCUUAAAAAUCCUGAUCCUGGACAAGAACAAGAUUCAAAGACUGCCCGAGGAGAUUUGUGACCUAACUCACCUUCACACACUGGACCUGACCGGCAAUGAGAUCAGAUCCCUCCCCAUGGCCAUGCACCGCCUGACAGGACUGACCGAGGCCCACACUUACAACAAGCUGACCAAAUCUGGUCUGUGGCUGUACCAGAACCCAUUGGAGAGGCCACCUCCAGAAGUGUGGCGUACAGACAAACCUGAGCACAUAUUUGAAUACCUCAAGAAGUUGAUGAUUUUAACCACAGAGAACCUCCAAACACAGAAGAUUCAGUUGCUUGGAGCAAGCCAGUGCGGGAAAUCAAGCCUGUGCCAGGCACUGUCACUUGGAAAAUCACAAGUCAAAGAUGGGACGACAGAAAAGACAAGACUCUUUCAGCAGACGCUGUGGAAGACUGAGAACAAUGUUGAGUUUGUGCUGUAUGACUUUGGUGGGGAUGACGUCUACAGCAUGCUGUACAAAAUAUUUUUAGAUAACAAAUCUUUAGUCAUGUUGGUGUACAAUGCUGCCACCAUGCAUGAAAGCAAUUUCUAUUCUUCUGUAGGCCAAUGGCUGGACAUGCUGAGCUCCUGUUUGCCUGGGGCAAUAGUCAAAAUUGUGGGCACACAGGUCGAUUUGUUGCAGACUGAGGAUACGCCAAAGGAAUUUUUACAGCCAGACGAUGAUGAUGUCAAGACAGGCACCUCAUCGGAGAAUGAGCUCAAGAUUCUGUCAGCUCCAUCAGAGGAUUCAAAAAACAUUGAUGUGGAAGAGGAUGACCUGUUUAGCAUUGGCCCAGAAGGUGAUGAAGAUGUUCAGAGAAAUACCAGCACGCCGGCAGCUCCAGAACCGCCACACAAUCAAGUAGUUCAGGAGCUUGUGACACUGCAUCUAAGCAAGAGGGAGCAGCAGUUCAAAGAUGAAUUAACCAAAAUUGAAGAUGACAUUGCCAAACUAGAAAAAUCAGGUCAGACCCAGCUGACCGACAUGGACGAGUCAGUUCUGAAACUGUUACGCGUCAGGCAGCAGAAGAUCAAAUCAAUUCUCCAGAACCCUUUAAAAAUCCUCCCUGGCAUUUCUUGCGUUAGUUCUUCAGAGAGUCUGGAGGGGAUUCUGCCGCUGAUCAAUGAGCUAGAGCACUUAGCCAUCGACCAAACUCUGUUCCCACAUGCACAGCGCCACAUACCUGGCCACUGGAAAAGAUUGGGAAACAUGCUGAAGCAAGGGAAAGGGUUUUAUCUGUACUGGGACGAUGUGGAGCAGAUGGCCCAGAGAUUCAGUGUCAAGGGGGAUGAGCUCCAGGAGUGUGUCAAAUAUCUCCAUGACACUGCCAAUGUUCUGUGGUUCCACAAUGACCUCGCACUGUCUCAAAUGGUGUUUCACAAGCCCAUCCUGCUCUCGGACCUCAUUUCCAGUUUGUUUCGCCAUGACAUGAGAGAUUUCUUGCAGUAUGAGAAUAAAGUCUUCCUGUCAAAGGGUCGCCUCAACAGACGGCAGUUUGAGGAAUGUGCCCACCGCCUGCUGCACAUGGGGGAAAUUUCUCGUCCCCUGUUGAACAGCUUGUGGUUCCACCUGGACCUGUCAAACAACGACAUCGAUUAUCUGCUAGAACUUCUCCCUCUGUUUGACAUCUGCUAUGCUGUACCAGAACCAGAGGUACCUACAGGUCCCAUCUACAACCGUCCACUUCUGGUGGUGCCGUGGUACAACAAGGACACUGACAUGAGCCCUCUCAGCGAGGUCUGGCCCAACAAAACACAUCACAAGGAACUAGCGGUCAUCUACACAUUUCCUUUUUUCUGUCCCUUGGAAAUCCUCCCCAACAUUUCGGCCCAAAUUCAGGACUUUGUUGACGAGAGACUGGACUGGGAGGAUCACAUCUACGCAAGCUGCGAUUCGGAGCAACUGCUCCUCCGCCGCUCAAUCCAGGAUGGGAUCCAUAGACUGACCAUCAUUGUGCGAGGGAUAGAGUUUGCUCUGGUCCAAGAGCUGAUGGAAGACUUGGUUGACCUGGUGAACACAUAUUUACACAAUUAUUCAGGUCUAUACUGGAAGCUGACCAUCCCAAUGGGUGCCAGCAGUAUUCCACUUGUCACACUAACAGACGUCGGCGGCAGCGCCAAAGGAUACGGAGGUGGCCGCAGGGGCAGCAGAAUGAUUAAACCAAUCUCUAAUAAGUAGCAACAUUUUACAACUAAGAUGUGUCCAGGUAUCUGUUGCUGCAUUAGGUCUUGUCAUCAUGGAACUACAUUCCUGGCACACAAUGAGUCCUGUAAGAACUAGAAGUAAGCUGGGUCAAGUAAAAUGGUGUGUCUCUGAGUUCCCUGGGUGGAAAAGAUCACACAUCAUUCAUUGGAAGUUACAAGUCAAGGAAAACUCUUGAAUGACCAACAAAAGAUAAAACAUGAAUUCUGCUUCAAGUGGUCUCUACAUUGAAAGUAUUUAUAUUAAGAUCAAGCUUUAACUGUGACAGUUUGUCCAUACUGUGACCGUUUGUCCAUACUGUGACAGUUUGUCCAUACUGUGACCGUUUGUCCAUACUGUGACCGUUUGUCCAUACUGUGACAGUUUGUCCAUACUGUGACCGUUUGUCCAUACUGUGACAGUUUGUCCAUACUGUGACAGUUUG